AUGUCUGUAACUACAGCUGGACCUUUGUCUGACUCCCAGGUCGGAGUCGAGCUCCGCAAGAUGACCGAGUUCAUCAAGCUCGAAGCCCAAGAAAAAGCCCGUGAAAUCCACAUCAAAGCCGACCAAGACUUCGAAAAGGACAAGUCCGCUCUCAUCCUCCAGGAGAAGGGUGGUAUCGACGCGGCCUAUGAGAAGAAGUUCAAGCAGGCCGCCAUGUCCCUCCAGAUCACCCGCUCCAAAGCCAACUCUAAGGCUCGCAUCACCAUCCUUACGGCCGCUCAGCGCGUCGUCGACGCCGUUUUUGACGAGGCCGAGAAGAAGCUCGAGGAGGGCACCAAGGAUAAGGGCAAGUACAAGGGAACGCUGAAGAACCUUGUGCUCGAGGGUCUUUAUGCCUUUAACGACGCUUCCGUGCAGGUGAGGGCGAGGAAAGAGGACUUUGGCCUUGUCAAGGAUGCCAUCGAACUCGCGGUGGCAGAGUACAAGGAGAAGGUUGGAAAGACUACCAAGGCUGAGCUCGAUGAGUCGAAGCCGCUACCGGAGGACAGUGCUGGUGGUGUCGUUAUUCUCGGACAAGGAGGCAAGAUCAUUAUGGACAACACCCUCGAUACCCGGCUAGAGCUUCUCAAGGACUCUUCGCUCCCAGCUGUGCGGGAGACCCUGUUCGGCGAAAACAAUAACCGCAAGUUCUUCGACUAA